AUGUCGCUUCUUGCGGCCGCUGCGACAGCUCUGGCCGCAUCAGCUCGAGUCCCCGGAGGAUAUAUCGUGGAACUUCAAGACGGCCAUGACGCCUCAGCUGUGCUCGGAGCUCUGAACGACGAAGCCACCACUCGCAUGAAGCUUGACUACAAGCUUUUCAAGGGCGUAUCUAUCCAGCUGCACGAUGUUAAAAAUGCCGAGAAAAAGGCAGAAAAGAUUGCUCAAAUGCCAGCGGUCAAGAACGUCUGGCCAAUUGACCUCUUUGGCGUGCCCGAGUCCAAUGUUCGCGUGGUCGGAACACCAGAAGCCGGCAAGAUCUCCAGCCGAGAUGGUAUAAAGGCCGACACCUUCUCGCCUCACGUCAUGACUCAGGUGGACAAACUUAGAGCCAGGGGAGUCACGGGAAAAGGCGUAAAAGUAGCCAUUAUCGAUACUGGCAUCGACUACACGCAUCCUGCCCUGGGCAACAAUUGCUUCGGCAAGGGCUGUCUCGUGUCAUUUGGCACCGAUCUUGUUGGCGACGCCUACACUGGAUCCAACACCCCGGUGCCGGACAACGACCCCAUGGACUGCAACGGACACGGAUCACACGUUGCCGGUAUUGUCGCUGCUCAGCCAAAUCCCCAUGGGUUUACUGGCGCGGCCCCUAAUGUCACCCUUGGCGCCUAUCGUGUAUUUGGAUGUGACGGCCUGGCUGGCAAUGACAUUCUUAUUUCCGCCUUUAAUAAAGCUUUUGAAGAUGGCGCUCAGAUUAUUAGCGCAUCUAUCGUCGGGGCCCUCGGCUGGACUGAAGAGCCCUGGGCCGUCGCCGUUUCUCGGAUUGUUGAACAAGGCGUCCCCUGCGCCAUCUCGGCCGGCAACGAUGGCGAUCAUGGACUCUUCUACAUCAGUACUGCUGCCAACGGCAAGGGAGUUACCGCCGUCGCGUCGUACGACAACAUUCUCACGCCCUCUGUGCACUUCCAUGCCGGCUACAGCGUCGAUGGCGGCAAAGCAACAGACUUCCUCUAUGUUCCCGGAACGCCGGCCCUCCAAGGUGUUUCCAUGCCGCUCUAUGCCACCAGUCUUGAUAGCACUAUUGCCAAUGACGCUUGCACUGCUCUGCCGGAUAACACGCCUGAUCUGGGCAAGUACAUCGUUCUUGUCCGUCGUGGCACCUGUCUCUUUGCAGACAAGGCUGUCAACCUAGCCGCCAAAGGAGCCAAGUACAUAAUUGUUUAUAACAACGUUGCCGGCGACUUUGCCCCCACGCUUGAUGACUCUGCGUCUCUCAUGAACGGCUCUGGCAUGGUCACCCCUGAAAUUGGUGCUUCGUGGGUGAAGAGCCUCAAGGCCGGGUCCAAAGUCAACGUCGACUUUGUCAGCUUUUCCAAGUCCCAGUCUGUUACAAGCGAGGUUGGCAACAAUGUCACCGGCGGCGCAAUCAGCCUCUUUUCCUCUUGGGGCCCGACUUGGGAAAUGGAUUUUAAACCGCAAAUCGGCGCCCCUGGAGGCAACAUCCUGUCGACAUACCCUGUUGCCAAGGGCAGCUAUGCCGUCAUGUCUGGUACCUCCAUGUCCUGCCCUAUCACGGCUGCCAUUAUUGCCCUAGUUUCAGAAGUCAGAGGCACGCGCGAUCCUCGGCUCAUAAAUGACCUUCUCUCUGCUACCGCCAAUCCGCAGCUAUUCAAUGACGGCAAGCAGUUCUACAGCAGACUUGCCCCGGCUGCCCAACAAGGCGGCGGCAUGGUCCAAGCCUACGACGCCGCGUACACGACAUCCCUCCUAUCGCCCUCUAGCCUUUCUUUCAAUGACACCGACCAUCGGGUUCGCGAGCUUAACCUCACCAUCACUAAUACCGGCAAGAACCCGGCAACGUAUCGACUCGGCCAAGUCUCAUCCCUGACCAUGUACACUCUACAAAAAGGCUCAGUAUACCCAAUGGCCUUCCCAAACGAGGCAGCGGGCUCCUACGCCAGUCUUGCAUUCUCGCAGGACAGCGUGACCGUCGCCCCCGGCGAGCAAGCAGUAGUGCACGUCGUGGCCACACCACCCGGCGGCCUUGACGGCGCCCGUCUCGCCCUCUGGUCCGGCUACAUCACCGUCAACGGGACCGACGGCUCGUCCCUGUCGAUGCCGUACCAGGGCCUCACCGACUCCCUGCGCAACUCGACAGUGCUUGCCUCCGACCAGUCCUGGAUCUUCCACUCCAACGACUCCAAGAAGUACGUCAAGGCGCCCGACAACACCACGUUCCUGCUUCCCGCCGCGGGGAGUGCCGGCGCAGACGACGUCCUUCCAGCAGUCUACGUCGGCCUCGCGCUCGGGUCGUCCCAGGUGAAAAUCGACGUGGUGCCCAUGACCACGUGUCCGCCCAAGAACCUCACCACCGAAACCAUGGGCAUCAAGACCAUCGGCCAGCCCUCCGGGUUCCCUAGCUUUUGGAACCCAAGGGGCGUCAGCUGGUGGUCCUGGGACGGCAAGCUCGACUCAGGCAGGUACGCGCCUGCAGGGAAGUAUCAGUUCGUAACCAGGGCGCUCAGGAUCUACGGCGACGAGAGCAAGACGCAGGACUGGGAUGUGGCCAGGACGCAGUCGUUUUAUAUCAAGUAUCGCAACUAA